CAGCAGCCCGCACGCACACCACAUUGUUUCUAUGUACGUGCCGUCACAGUGCAGACAGAGGUUGUAAACAUGGCGGCGGACGGGAUGGUGCUCACCAACCACGACCAUCAGACCCGAGUGGGGAUCCUGACGGUUAGUGACAGCUGUUUCAAGAACUUGGCUGAGGACAGGAGUGGAGUUAACCUGAAGGACCUGGUCCAUGAUCCCUCACUGCUAGGAGGAGUCAUUUCAGCCUACAAGAUUGUUCCUGAUGAGAUCGAUGAAAUCAAGGAAACUCUUUUGGAGUGGUGUGAUGAACAAGAGCUGAAUCUCAUUCUUACUACCGGGGGAACUGGCUUUGCACCACGAGAUGUUACACCUGAGGCCACCAGAGAGGUGAUAGAGCGAGAGGCCCCAGGUAUGGCUCUGGCCAUGCUGAUGGGAUCACUCAAUGUUACACCACUAGGCAUGCUGUCCAGGCCAGUGUGUGGUAUCCGUGGUAAAACUUUGAUCAUCAACCUGCCAGGGAGCAAGAAGGGCUCUCAGGAGUGUUUUCAGUUCAUCUUGCCUGCUCUGCCCCAUGCCAUCGACCUACUGCGAGAGGCCACGGUCAGAGUUAAAUCCACACACGCCGCCCUGGAGCAGUUGCCCUCUCCUUCCCCUCUGAUGGCCAACACACACACCAACACUCACACCAGCACACACACUAUGGAACGCGGCACCCAGUGCGAGGAAGAGGACGACGAGGAAGACGACCGAAGGAGAGGUCAACAUGCGCACAACCACCACCAUCCCCAGCAUGGCUCUUCCCACAUCACCGCAGCCGCUAUUGCUGCCAAGACAAGCCAUGCUGUGGUCAUGGCAAAGGGAGGUCCCUAUCUGCCUGGCAACACACCCGACCCACCCACUCAUUACACCUGUUCCUGUACUCAUGACCAGCAGAUCCCGGACUCGAUCAUUUCUCGAGGUGUUCAGGUGCUUCCUCGAGAUUCGGCCUCUUUAAGCUCCACUCCCUCCGAGUCACCACGGGCAACACAGGCAACCUCCCGCCUUUCUACCGCUUCAUGCCCGACACCCAAGGUUCAGUCACGAUGUGGCAGUAACGAGAACAUUCUGAGAGCCAGCCACAGCGCAGUGGACAUCAGUAAAGUGGCACGUCGUCAUCGCAUGUCCCCAUUCCCAUUGACAUCAAUGGACAAAGCCUUCAUCACUGUUCUAGAGAUGACACCUAUUCUGGGAAUUGAAGUCAUUAACUACAGAGAUGGUUUGGGUCGAGUGCUCGCUCAGGACAUCUACGCCAAAGACAACCUUCCACCGUUUCCCGCCUCUGUUAAAGAUGGCUACGCUGUACGAGCUGCUGAUGGUCCAGGAGAUCGCUUCAUCAUGGGAGAAUCACAGGCUGGACAACAGCCCACCCAUACAGUGAUGCCAGGUCAGGUGAUGAGGGUAACGACUGGGGCUCCGAUUCCUUGUGGAGCCGACGCUGUGGUCCAAGUAGAAGACACCGAGCUGCUGCGGGAGUCUGAGGAUGGCACAGAGGAGUUGGAGGUGAGGAUUAUGGUCCAGGCCCGGCCGGGACAGGACAUCAGGCCAAUAGGUCAUGACAUCAGGCGAGGGGAGUGUGUGUUGGCUAAAGGAACACAUAUGGGCCCAUCAGAGAUCGGCCUGCUGGCUACAGUGGGAGUGACCGAGGUCAGCGUGCACAAGUUUCCUGUGGUGGCUGUCAUGUCCACUGGAAACGAGCUGUUGAAUCCAGAGGACGACCUCCACCCAGGGAAGAUCAGAGACUCUAACCGCUCCACUCUUCUGGCCACCAUCCAGGAGCACGGAUACCCUACCAUCAACCUGGGCAUUGUUGGAGACAACCCUGAUGACCUGCUGUCAGCUCUCCAUGAGGGAAUCAGUCGUGCUGAUGUCAUCAUCACCUCAGGGGGUGUGUCCAUGGGAGAGAAGGACUACCUAAAGCAGGUGUUGGAUAUUGACCUUCAUGCUCAGAUCCACUUUGGACGAGUCUUUAUGAAGCCAGGUCUUCCUACUACCUUUGCCACAGUCGACAUUGAUGGAGCACGGAAACUCAUCUUUGCCCUGCCAGGUAACCCAGUGUCUGCAGUGGUGACAUGUAACCUGUUUGUGAUUCCUGCUCUGAGGAAGAUGCAAGGCAUUCUGGACCCUAGACCUACUAUUAUUAAAGCUAGGCUUUCCUGUGAUGUUAAGUUGGAUCCCAGACCAGAAUACCACCGCUGUAUUCUCACCUGGCAUCACCAGGAGCCACUGCCCUGGGCACAGAGCACAGGCAACCAGGUAUCCAGCAGGCUAAUGUCAAUGCGUAGCGCCAAUGGUCUGUUGAUGUUACCUCCUAAAACAGAGCAGUAUGUGGAACUACAUAAGGGGGAGGUCGUUGAUGUCAUGGUAAUCGGACGGCUAUGAUGCAGACUUCAAUGUCACUUGCUACCAAUUACCAUGGCAGUGCCAGGACUUCCUGUCUGGACAGGAAACAGGCGGGGGCAGGAAGUGAUGCAUGUCUACCUGGUCGCCAUUAGCUGUGAUGUCAUAUGCAACAGCCAAUUGGAGCCAGCGCAGGCUGAGUCCUCAUUGGUCUGCUCUGAGGAGAUCACUGUAUUUCAAUGGAGAAAAAAUGUGAAAACAAAUAUAUAAAAUAUGAGAUUUAUUCUGUAAUAUUAUUAUUACUAUCCUGAUUAUAAUGAUUAUUAAUAUUCUUAAUUAAUAUUCUAUUUACUAUUAUUGAUUGAAUAUUAUCAUCUUAGUAGUAAUCAUGCCCUCUUCUCUCCUGUUCAUUUGCUUUGUGCGUUUAACAUGUUUCCCUGGUAGAUAUAGAGAUAUAGAGACUUCCCCUUCCUUCAUUUCACCUGACCCUGUUGCCCUUUCUCUCCCCCUCUUUUCUCUUCUUCUUUUUCUACUCCUUUCUCUGCUCUGGCAUCCUCUAUCCAGAUAUAGUAACUCCACGUUAACCCGUCCCUGCAGUAUUACUAGAUCUCCUCCUGGACACACUGACCCUAUCAUGAGUAUUGACAGAUAUAUGAACUAAAGGCAUAUUUUGAUUGAAGCUGCUGAUAUAGUUUGUGCCAGUACAGUAAAUAUGACUUUUUUUUGCCAAAAAAGAAAAAAAAAAACAAGAAUCCUUUGUAUUUGUUGUUUUGUUUGUUUUUGUUUUUUGUUUUUUGUUUUUUUGGGGGGGGGGUUUGUCCACAUGUUAACACUUUCAGACCAUACUGAGACACUAAAGCUCAUCAUGACUCUCAGUGAAAGCCACGAAACUCUUGUAAGUGGGUCAGUGGCUCAGCUUUAAGGCAGGGUGAGGCAGGACGUAAACUCUCUCUCUCACCACACUGGUAUCCCCUGCUCCAGCAUCAAAUAUGAACAAAAUCAUUAUAAUAUAAUACAUAAUGACUUUUAUGAUAUGUAGGUGUACCAGAGGUGGGCCACAGUGGCAACAUUAGUAUUACGCUAACCCUGCAUUCAAGUGGUGUUUGAUUUAUGUGAGUUUAAGGUUUACACCAUAAUACUACAUUACAAAAUGAAAAUACUUAGACAGUCUUUGAUAAAUGUGGUUUUUGCAUUCUUAAAACAAUUAGAAGAUAAGGCUGACUUUAUUCUAUAUUUCUCAUUUGUCAUAAAAGUCCAGGAAAAGACUAAAAUCAACAAUAUGUCAUCUCAGUACUGUCUGACUUCUCGACCCUGUGUGGGGCUCACAACCACAAGCCAAAUGGUCCCUGUUGAAGAGUGAAAUCUUUGAAGGGAUAGUUUCUACUGGGCUACUCUCUCAGGCAGAUUAAUCACAUGGAAGUCAAAAUGAACUACUACUGUGUGUGUUUAUGGCAGUAAAGUAACAUGUCCUCCAGCACAGCACUGUGGCUCAUAGAUGUGUUUUAAUAGGUUUCGGAGCUCUCUAUCAGGAUACACAUCUUUGGAUACACACACAAUACUUAUUAGUAGCAUCAGUACAUUGUUGGUUUUUGGAUUUUCAUGGGAUUUUCUAACACUAAAAAAUAUAGAAUACUAUCAUUAUUUCAGUGGCCAAAGAUUCCGAUACUUGUCGACAGCAAAGGCUGGCUUUGUUUUUGGCUAAUCAGAAGCCUCCAUCUUUUUUUCCCCAGUUUUUACCCAUAAACCGACUAAACGCGACUGAAAGAACUUGAGUGAGUUGUGACAUACUAUAUUCCUAACUCAGAGAAACUCUGACCUGACAUCACUUGAAAGCAGGGUGUCGCAUUCAGGUGCUCAUAAACUAUACAACUGGUGUAUUUCUACCAUGACGGUGUUAAGGUGCUUGUUAAAGUCAAAAAUAUCAGUACAGUUCAAGGCUGUAAAUCUACAUCAUUUGACUGCUUUUCUCUCAAUGUACUGUAUGUAGUCUGAGCAACACGGAGAAAUAUAGGAAACAUUGUGUGAUAUUUAGCCCACUUCAAGAGCUUAGUUUACACCUAGCAUUAACAAAAUAGUACAUAUGUUGGCUGCAGUGCCCUGCUGAUUAAACACUGACCUUAAAUUGUUUACCAAUUAACAAGGACCAUUCAAAUGCAUCAUAUGCAGUCUGUGAGUCCCAAGCAUUCACCAGUGUACCAUAACUCCUCUAGUCCCUUUGAUUGUUCCUAUCAGUGUGAUCAGUGCCAAACCUACACAGUCAAAGGUUUAAUGCUGCAUUCAGGUCAUAUUGGAAUAACUAGUACAAAACUGUUGCACUUCCUUGAAUUAAAUGUUACUUAACAACACCAAAAUGACAGAAUUGUUUUUCCUAGAUCCUUCUUGUUUCAGUUACCCCAUAAGUUGAUAAUUAUUUCCAGAAUUCAUAUGUACUAUCUUUCCUCUAUGACCUGAAUACUGCAUUAGUCAGUGUUUCUGACCUUUGUCCCCUCUCCUUAUAGGCUGAUGCAGUCUCUCUACUCCUCUCCCCUCGCUUCUCCCUCUCCUUAUCUUCCUCUUUUCCUCCCCACUUUCUUCACACUUGCAUGCCCAUAAAGGGGGGCGUGUCUUUCUCUUUGGGCAGGAUUGAUUCCAGGUGUGAGACCAGGGUGCAGCACCUAGGUGUGGUUUCUGAGCUAAAAAAAAAAAUUGUUACAUUUGCGAUAGAUCUUGAUGUGAUUACUGGUGCAUAAGAAGAGUUUUCAAAGUCAAGGCUCUGGUACCAACGCUGUCUUCUCAUUUAUUCCUCUGGCUCGGAUGUCAGAAACUUCGCAGUUACCUCAAAUGCACCAUAUAUCAAUCAGUGGCUCAUGCUGGGUUCAUGUCAUGUAAUACAAGGGGUGAAAUUUUUCACCAGUUUAAUGACAGCCAUUAAUUCACAGGAUGGUCCACACCCAAAUUAAACAAAAAAAGUAUUGAAUUAAAACAUUUAUCACAUUCUUUUUUUUUUUCCACAAUUGGCAGCUCAUAUUUACAGUAAACCCAUUAUGACAUGAACGCAGCAUCAGGACAUGUCCUGGCACCUGCCCAAGGAGGACCAAUCAAACCCAGAUAUAUUCAUUUGAGAAAGAAGAAGCAGGUUAUUGUUAAACUGCCUUUGUACUGAGUGAUUCGUAACACUGGACUGAACUCAGUGUCACACUGCACAUACUAUAAACUAUGACCAGCACUUGUAAUGAAGCAAUGACACAGCAUUCUACUACUACUGUAUAAAUAUGAUGAAAAAAGAUGUUUUUUUCUGUAAUGAUAUUAUUGAAACUGAAGAUGAAUUAAUAAAAAUAAUCCUGAUUAUUCUGUA